CGAAGUUGUAAGCUAUUUGUUCAAUUACAUAGCAAAACUAAUCAAAACAAAAGUUUACACUUUAUCAAGUGCAAUUGUUAAAGGGGACCAACCAUCGGGUAUAAAUAUCAGAAUUAUUCCCGUUGAUAAUUACAACAGUCCUAGUCGUCGAAAAGAAAAAAAAAUGUUCUCUAAAGUGAUCGUUUCCUUAGCCUUUGUGGCUGUCGCUUACGCCGCCGCGUUAGACAAGCCCGAACCUGUGCCCAUUUUAUCUCAAGAAAAUGAAAUUGAUCCGGAAGGAAACUUCCGUUAUGCAUUUGAGACGGGCGAUGGAACCAAACAGGAACAAAGUGGGCAACUCAACGGGAAUGGUGCAGAGGGAGGCCACGUGGUUACUGGCUCAUUUUCCUAUGUGGAUAACCUGGGACAAACGCGUACAAUCACCUAUGUAGCUGAUGAAAAUGGCUUCCAACCUCAAGGCGAUGGCGUUCCGGAAAUCCCUGAAGCCAUAGCACGUUCUUUGGAAUGGAAUAAGGCUCAUCCUGAGGAAGACGCUCAAUAAGAACCUAAAUUGUUGAUAUGUACAGUAUUUAUUGUUGUGUAAGUUUUAUCAAUACACGUAAAAAAGUAAAAACU